CUUCCGCGCGCGGCGGCGGCGGCGGCGGCGACGACAGGAGGCCGGCAAGAUGUUUGCGGUUUUCCAGCCCGACGUUGGCUCGAACGCCCCCUUCCACGAGGGCCAGCGAGACGCCACGCUGGGCGCAGCCUUCCCGGGGGACGGGCAGCGCAGGCAGGACACCAAUUUCAACUUCGUUGAGGGGGGGUUUGACCGCAACGAGAACUGGAGCCAGGCAGCACCGGGGACCCGCGCGGCGGAGAGCUCCAGCCGGAGCGAAAACACGACAAAUCCGUCCGAUAAUCUGCUGUUAUUAGUGCAGAGACAGCUGGUCCAGGGCAGGCUUAGGGAUGCCGCCCAAAGCCUGGAAGGAGACGGAGCGCGUCUCCGCGCGGACCUGCGGAGCCCCCCCGAGGGAGCGGAGGGCGGCGGGCCGGCGGGGGCCGCGACCGAAGCCCGCGGGAAGCCCCCGAGCUCCCCCGCCGAGGACAACGGCUACGCCAGCAGCUCCCUCAGCAUCGAUAGCCCCGACAGCAUCUCCGGGGGCGCCUGGGAGCCCCCCGCCGCUGCCCAGCUCCAGGAGAGCCCGGCGGAGCCUGGCGCGGGGAGGACCGAGGCAGAGAGCCCCCCCGGCGCAGACACCCUCUUCCCAGCGCUGGCGGAGGCCUUCCAGCACAUGCAGGACAAGGAGAGGUUCAAGGAGCGGGAGAAGGAGAAGCACCACAUCCAGCUGGUGAUGUACCGGCGCUUGGCGCUGCUGCGCUGGAUCCACGGCCUCCAGCAGAAGGUCGUGGACCAGCAGAACCGGCUGCAGGAGAGCUUCGACACCAUCCUGGACAACCGCAAGGAGCUCAUCCGCUACAUCCAGCAGGGCCUGGCGUGCCCCGGCGCCCCGGGCCGCCCCGGGCUGUGAGCCCCGCUCGUCUCCUGGGAUCCGCUCUGCUCCCCUCUCCGCGCCGCAAGGAGCUUCUCCUGGCCCUUGCCCUCUGCGGUGGGGCCCGGGGCCAGGUUUUGCUCCUGAGGCUUUUAAAAGGCACGAGCUGCAGGCUCUGCCCAUCCCGGUUUCCGUGAAGCAUGAAGACACCACGCAGGAGAUGCCGCCCGGCAUCUCCCUGGGCCACGGCAGCACAAGGUCCUCCCACUGCCACAGAACCCUUUUUAAUGAGUUUUCAUCUCAACUUCUCCGACGCUUCCUUCUCCGCCCAGCUGCUGAGGGGCAAGUACCAGCCGUUUGGCCCCCACGCUGCGUCCUGCUGGUCUCGGGGCUUGGGCGGCCCCGGGCUGGGGGCUCCGAGGCUGAGAUCUGUGCUGAGUCUGUGAUGCUGAGACUCAUCUUUCAAAUCUAGCUUAAGGCCCUUUCUUUGAGUAUUUAAAGGCAGGAGUUCAUGCCAUCGCUUUACUGCAGCUUCCUGAAGGGUUGUCUAGGAAAAUGCAUCCCUGGGUUGGAGCACGGGCGAGGAAGCGGUCGGGCACGGCCAGGGCACGGCCGAGGCCACCAACUUAAUUAGGCACUUCUAAAAUUGUCUUUCCUCUCCCAGUUCUCUCUUCUAUUAUGCCAGUACCAGUGACCAUCCCCCAAACACCUGAUCCAAGGAGGGGGAGAACAUCUGGGAGAAGCCGCAUGGAGCUGAAACCCUCCUGCAAAGGCCCGAGCGGGGGCCAGCGCCCGGCGGCGGCCCCGCGGAGCGGCUCUGCCUCCCUCCUCGGCGUGCGCCUGAGGUCUCGCCGCUUGGCAAAGCAUUUCGGCCCGUGACCCACUUAAAACUGACCUCAGAACACUUAAAAGUAACUUUAAGCAUCAACUGAUUCAAGUCCAAUAUAGAUAUUUUAGAUUGCAUUGGAUUUAGAUUUUCUUUCUUCACGUGUAUACGUCUGUCCGCUGCAGAACACGCUGUAACAUGAUGCAUGGCCAGGAAGCUGCGCUCAGACUUGUGCUGUUUGUGUUUGUAUUUGUUUAUCACUUCAAGGAACAAGAGUAUUUUUUCCAGUUGACACUUUAUUCAGAGGACUGCCUGCAGAAUGCCAGAAACGGUCUUUAGUGGGGAUGGGAAAGGACGUGCCGGGUUUAUUUGCUGUAUUUCCGUAAGUGUUAAUCUGAUGCAUGUUCUGUUUACGUGUUGAUGCACUGCAGGAGGAGGAGGAGUGUGGUCAGCGUUAAGCCUGGCUCUCAGCGCCGUCUGGUUAUAGUCCCAGUUUCACCCCGAAUUUCUGUGCAAAGUCAGGCGCUAAUUUGGGUUCUCGCCUGCCGGAGGAGGAUGACGAGAGAUUUCAAAGCCGCGGCUGCCAGCAGAUCUCCUUCGAGACGAGCUGGGCAGGGCGGAGGCUGCCGGGGGCUGCGUGGUGCCGCGCGCGGGGCCGGACCGCAGGCUGCCGGCGACGCCGGCUGCUGCCGCAGU